GAUGCAUAUUUUUAAAAUACAAAGAUGUUUUUGUUCAAUGCAGGAUAAAUAUAAGCAUUUUUUUACAUUUAUUAUGGAACAACCAAAAAGUUAACAAGAAGAAAAGACAAGAAAAUAUGACGUGAAAAGAGACGCAUGCCACAAAACCAUACGUGAAAAGACACGCAUGCCACAAAACCAUUCAACAUGAUCGUGCCACGAACUUCGUUCCGUCGGUUCGACCCAUAUGUGGCUGACGCAGCCAGAAAAUAAAAUAACAGAAAAAUCUCAAAACAACAAAACGGCAGGAGAGCGAAGUCUCAGUCAGCUGAGUCCUAGCCAGACCCUAUAUAAUACUCCCUACUGCGUACUUCAUGUGGAUUACACAGCCACCGCCGCCUCGACGCCGCCUCCCAUCGUCAGCCGCCAUGGCCAUGGUAUCCUGUUGCUUGGGCUCGACGCUCUCCCGCUCCCUCCGCCUCCACCCCUUCCCCGUCUCCGUGCCCUCCUCUCACCUCCGUACCCGCCACAGCCCUGACCGCCCCACCAUCCGCGCCGCCGCCAAACCCAGCCCCUGCGCUGCCGUCCGCUCCGGGUUUCCUUUCCUCCCGGCAUCUUGGGGCAUGUCCAGCAACAUCGGCGGCGGCGACGCCAACCUACCCUUUGGUGGAGGCGACAUCGGCGGCGGCGGCUGCGGCGGCGGCGGCAGCAUGGCCGGCGAUGGGGCCGAAGACGACAUGCCAAUUGAGGGCUUCCUGGAGCUGGACGGUAUCGUGCAGUGGCUCCGCCGUCUGCUCCAGCAUGGCGGCGCCUCAAAGGAGCACCUCCUCGCCGACGACCUCUUGACCACUAUGAGCUGUUUGAUCGGCAUCUUCGCCAAGGACAAUGUCGAGUGUCAACCUUCCAGUGGCAUGGAUGCUAUCAAUCCUGUGGGAGCUGAGCCAAGCAGCUGCAAUGGCAAAAAUGAUGAGAAACAUGCAGUAAUUCCGACUGUUCUGAAUAGCACUACAAAUUCUAUGAGCAGUUACUCUUAUAAAAACACUGGGACGGAAACAAUGAGAAAGAGAGCAACCAACAGUCCAAUUCAUCAUGUUGACAUAGGCAUUCCUGAUGAUGAAAAUGAUUCUGAUGAGAAUGAGAAGAAAAUGAAGAUGGUGAUUAAGCGCAUAAAGACUAUGUUCAAGAAAGCGACACAGUGGCUGGGAAAUCUAAGCCGACCUGAAUGUAUAAUUGCUAAAUUCAAGAAAGUGCGAGGGACUCAGAGAGGCCAGAGUCAGCCCAUGGAAACUGUGUAGGCAGAAGAACCCUAUAUGAUGUGCUCUCGUGGGGAUAUAACAUUCGUGAAAUCGAAGUGAGAUGAGGCUCUACGCAGUGGGUUGAAGAAAAAAUUGCAACUGAACUUAAAGACUUUAUUUCCCUUAGCAAUUUGUUUCCUUGAUUAUUUUUUCCCCUGAGCAGAUUCAGUGUCUAUUACAGUCGUUUGACUGAUUUUGACUAUGAUUAUGCCACAAUUCAGUGUGUGUUUUACGAUUUGAAUGGGGUUGAUAUGACUGGUCGGAACUUAUGAACGAUUUGAGAUGUGAUGUGAUCACGAUCAACAGUAAUUCUGAGGUAGCGCCUUUUUGAGAUA